CUUGUUUACAAGCUAAAAUUUUCGAGUGUUUUUAUCGUGAAAACAACUGAUAAAAAUGUUAGAUUUUGUCAAACUAUCAUUUCCAAAGAUAAUUUAUUAACCAUUUAAACCAGUGGAUCGAAAUACUUGUUUGUAACAAUUAAGUUUACAUGGAAAAUAAAUGGACCUUCAUUAGGAAAGCCUUUGGUAGCUGUUUCGAGAUUUUCGUUCUAAUUGUAAUCAUCUGUUCUUUUGAAUGUGAAUUUUGACAAUUUAUUGUGACACUUUCUUUAAGCAAAGUUGAUUCCUUGGAUUAUCUUUACCUUUGAUCUUCAUGGCAGAAGUAACAAGUAAUCAAUCAAUCGUCAAGUUGGACUGUGGUCACGACCAAAGUGGCGUUUUUUAUGUUCACAAGUGUUUGAGGACAUUUUGUGGAAAGUGUAAACGAGAAAAUCGCUCAUGUGUCUUGUGUAAAUCUGAACUCUUAGAAACUGAUUAUCUCAAAGCAAUUGACAGGAAGAAAUGUGAAGAUGAUUCCGUUUGUAACAAUCAAGCCAUUUUCCAGUGUUUGUGCGGUAAAAAGUAUUUUUGUGAGGAUCAUUUAUUCAAAUUUCAUCGACCAAUUUUACCAUCAAAAAGAUGUUGUGCUGUGAUUCUCAGUUCGGACUUAGAUGACCAACCAUGUUCCAUAUGUAACAACCGUAUCGCUGAAUUUGUGGACAAUACAACUAAUGAGCUUUUCUGUGCUUCAUGUAAUCAGGAUAAUAACUCAGUUAAUAUUGUGCCCAUUGAACUAGACAAUAACAACAACGAUACCGACAACACAAGCAUAGCCAAAAGUGUUGAAAUUUAUCGAGUUGAUGUACAAAAAAGGUUGGAUCUAUUGAACAACAAGCUAAAAGAUUAUACGAUUGAGAUAGAAAAUGAAAGAUCCGAAUUCAAUAAAGGAAUUGGCCACAUGAGAAGUAAAUUAGAAAGUUACUUGAGUGCCAACAAAGCCAAAACAGACUCUUUGCGAGCGGAAGUAUACAAGGUUAAACAAUUUUCGAAUCAAUUGAAUCGUAAUGAUAAAUUUGGAAUAAUCGAUCUCAUCAAGUCGAAUAAGCUUAACAAUAAACUCGCGGACUCGAAAUUAAAGUUAUGGGUCGAAGAGAUAGUGCAAUCGUAUGUUAUUCCUGAAUUAACCAAAUCGGGUGUAGAUUGGACUAAAGAAUCUGAAAGAGCUUUUCAUGAGUUGAUUCCUGGUCCACGGAACUGGAAGCUUAAUCAUGGUCCUUUUUUUCCUGACAAUUUACUCAAAUUAACUUACGACUUAAUCAAAGAACAACUUUUGCACCAGAAUAUCUGUAGAGCUUCGUCUUGUUACUGUGAACAAAACAGUCUCAUGAAAAAAGUUCAAGACCUUAGGACUGAAUAUAAGCUUUCACAAAAUAAUCUGGAUUAUUUUCUCGAUUGCUCAUCAAUCGCUGGUGGUGAUGUAACUCUAAUGAUUGAAACUGGUAAACGAGCUCUUAAUCAGUCUGAUUUUCAUAUCGCACGAGUUUGUUUUGAAGAAGCUCAUCGAAUCAGUCCGACCAAUUGGAUUGUUCUCGACACUUUAAUGGGUCUCUAUUUCGUGCUUAAUCAUUACCGUAAUUGUCUUAAGCUCGCAAUCAAAGGAUUAAUGAAAGAUGGCAACUACUUUAAAGCUCGCGUUUUAAUAUCAGAGAUUUUGAAAUCUUCACCAACCUUAAAACCAGAAUUACCUGUUGGUCUGGAUUAUCUACUGAUUGUAGUUCUGAGUGUUAUGACAAGAAAAACAAAAACUUUAGACGAACUCAAGAAGAUGAAAAAACUUCGUGAUGAACAAAAGAAAACUGGAACGCAACAAGAAAAUGCUCGGAAGUCUUUGCAAUUAGACCUCAAUACCGAAACACUUUCGUCGCUACAAUCAUUAAUUUCAGCUUUAAUCAUCGUAAGCAGUGAAAUGGAGAAACAAAAACUCAAUCGUAAUAAAUCAAUAACAUUGAAAAUCACUGGCAAUCCUCGUUCCAAUGCUAAUACGAUUUCUUCCAAAGGAAAUCUUAUUCAAAAUAAUAAACGAAACAGCCAAGGAUCGAGUCCUGGUCCAUCAGCAAAAAGAAGAUCAGUUGAAGAUUUACAGCCGAAAGAUCCAAUAGUCAACAAUAUGUACGAAAAAAUAUUUUCAAUGUUCCCUAAAAGUAUUUUAACUUGUGAAAAAGUCCAAGAAGAGGAGUUACAGGUACAAACAAAGAACGAAGCUCAAGUGGAACGUUUAAUUUUGGCCCGUUAUCGCUUGAAACAAAUACCAUUCAUCUCAAAAGGCAGACAAGUUCAUCUGCUUAUUGCUGAUCUUUUUAUGUUAAUAGCAAACGAAGCCACUGCAAUCAAAUUACCUUCUAAUUUCAGAGAUCUGUACAGAAUUUAUCGAAAAUGGUAUCCGUUACAGACAACUUUAAUAUGCUUAAUCAAGAAUAUAAGUGUUGACAAAACAAAUUUGAUUUUAAUUGCUAAUGAAGUUCAGUUCGAUAAAUCCGAAGCGAUAAUUUUAACUGAAUCAAUUCCAUAUCUAAGAAAUUUGAUGAUUACUCCAGAUUACGAUAAAUUUUUCAUUCGUCUUUUGAUUCUUCGAGGAAUCAAAGAAUCUAAAGUUGAUUAUCUUCUAAUGGCAAAUGAAUUGUUUACCAAAACUAACCUCAAAUUAGUGCGAGCGGCAAAUCAAACUGUGUAUACCUCUUCUAGUCUUAGAUCAAUGAUAAAUAAGAUGAAUGAAAAUAAUUUGGACACAUUAUUGGAUCAACAUCGACACGAGGAAAUUGUUGAACUAUUCGCAUCUAAAUCUGAGCUCUAA